AGGAGCAGACUCGGGUUAGAAGAAUAAAACCUGCUCUACACCAGGCUGGGUUGAAAGCUUGAGUUAUGAUGGUGACUGAAUCAGGGUUUAGAGUACACUCUCUCUGUGAAACUGAAAACUCUGACUUGAGCUCUGUUCCGGGGCAACAUGCUUUAAGUUUAGACUAAACCUCCUUUUGGAAACAGGGCCAAUGUCCAGACCUGAACUUGAAGACACAUUUUUGAAGGGUGGCAGAGAGCUUGCGCUUCACCGUCCCUUUGAGUUUCAUCAACUUUUUGAUUUUGCACGCGACACGGUCUGUACACCUUUAUAACAUAGGUACAUGGAUCUGUAUUAAGUAGGCCUAUAAGUGUAAACAAAACUAUUGAGCUGCACGAGUUGCACUUGCACAGUCAGAUAGACCAGGGAUCUAUAAAAUACGCAUAGAUUUGUCUUGGGCUGUUUGGACAUCAGCGCUUUCACUUGCACAGGAGGUCCCAACAACGCCCGGUGCUAUUGCGCGCACUGCUGCUGACGCAACCACGUAGCCGAGAGUCAAUGCGAUGGCGGACCGCAGUGUCCCCAGUCCUGCCCACGGAGGGACGGGACAAAGUCACUGAGACAACACCUGUGAGAGGAGAAACCUGCCAUUGCCGUUCCUCUAGAGUGAAAACUGUGAGGCUAUGUGGAAUGCAACCAGCCCCGAGUGCGCUCCCUGGGACGGACCAGAAGUGGAGUGAAAACAGCCGGAGUUUGCAGCGCGGAGCCACCGCAUGUUGAGCCAGCAAGUUCACUGAGGUAUUAAAAGUCGCAUUGACGGGAAGGGACCGCCGCUCCUGGAUUUAACGGAGCUCAGAAGACUUUUUAUUCUGGCAAAAUGAAGUUCGCAGAGCAUCUUUCUUCCCAUAUCACACCGGAGUGGAGGAAACAAUACCUUCAAUAUGAGGCAUUCAAGGAUAUGCUGUAUGCUGCCCAGGACCAAGCUCCGUCCAUAGAAGUCACAGAUGAUGACACAGUGAAGAGGUACUACGCCAAGUUUGAAGAAAGCUUUUUCCAAACGUGUGAGAAGGAGCUCCUAAAAAUCAACACGUUUUAUUCAGAGAAGCUCGCUGAAGCCCAGAGGCGCUUUGCCACAUUACAAAAUGAGCUGCAGUCCUCCCUCGAUGCUCAACGGGAGAGCGUCACCCCUCCAGGUCUCCGCAGACGCAAGACCGUCUUCAACCGGUCCCAAGAGGAGCGCUGCCAACACCGCAACAUCAAGGACCUCAAACUGGCCUUCAGCGAGUUCUACCUCAGCCUCAUCCUACUGCAGAACUACCAGAACCUGAACUUCACUGGUUUCCGAAAGAUCCUAAAGAAACAUGACAAGAUCCUGGACACGUCUCGAGGGGCAGACUGGCGCGUGGCCCAUGUGGAAGUGGCUCCUUUCUACACCUGCAAGAAGAUCACACAGCUUAUUUCUGAAACAGAGACACUUGUGACCUCAGAACUGGAGGGAGGGGAUCGUCAGAAGGCCAUGAAGAGGCUCAGAGUGCCUCCACUGGGGGCAGCUCAGCCUGCUUUAGCCUGGACAACAUUUCGAGUGGGUCUUUAUUGUGGCUUCUUCAUUAUUCUGGCAAUUGCCUUUGUUCUAACAGGAGCUGUGUUCAUUCGAUACGAGAAUGUCUGGCCUCUGGUGCGGAUUUACCGGGGUGGGUUUCUCCUGAUCCAGUUCCUGUUCCUUUUGGGCAUCAACACGUACGGAUGGAGACAGGCUGGAGUCAACCAUGUCCUCAUUUUUGAGAUAAAUCCCCGAAACAACCUCUCACACCAGCACCUGUUUGAGAUUGCUGGAUUUCUUGGGGUGUUGUGGUGCAUCAGUAUCCUGUCCUGUCUGUUCUGGGAGUACACCUACAUCCCCAUGCAGAUUAACCCUCUCGUUCUUUACGGCUUCAUGUUUCUUUUCCUCAUCAACCCCUUCAAGACCUGCUACUACAAAUCACGCUUCUGGCUCCUCAAAUUACUGUUUCGUGUGUUCACGGCUCCAUUUCACCGUGUGGAGUUUGCAGACUUCUGGCUGGCUGAUCAACUCAACUCUCUGGUGUUUGUUCUGAUGGACCUGGAGUAUCUCAUCUGCUUCUACAUCUUUGAGCUGCAGUGGAGCAACAGCAAUGGACUACUGCCCAAAUUUAAGAGUCCUAAUGAAUACGUCUGUCACAGCUAUUCGUACGGCCUGCGCGCUAUUAUACAGUGUUUGCCUGCAUGGCUGCGCUUCAUUCAAUGCCUCAGGCGUUACCGUGACACCAAGAGGGCCUUCCCACAUCUGGUCAACGCCGGAAAAUACUCCACCACUUUCUUUGUGGUCACCUUUGCAGCUCUUUAUGCCACUCACAGAGACCAAGGCCACACAGAUGCAGACACUUUCUUCUACAUGCUGAUCAUUUGCUCGACCAUAAGUUCCCUGUACACUCUUAUCUGGGACCUGCGCAUGGACUGGGGUCUGUUUGACCGUGGAGCUGGAGAAAACAUCUUCCUGAGAGAAGAGAUUGUGUAUCCUCACAAGGCCUAUUACUACUGUGCCAUCAUUGAAGAUGUGAUUCUGCGUUUUGCCUGGAUCAUCCAGAUUUCACUGACCACAAUGACAAAGAUCCACUCUGUAGGAGACAUUGUUGCCACGGUGCUGGCACCUCUUGAAGUCUUUAGGCGUUUUGUGUGGAACUUCUUCCGUCUUGAGAACGAGCACCUAAACAACUGUGGUGAGUUCCGUGCGGUGAGAGACAUUUCUGUGGCUCCGCUGAACGCAGACGACCAGACUCUGCUGGAGCAGAUGAUGGACCAGGAGGAUGGGGUUCGCAACCGCUCUGGAAAAAAGGCCUGGAAGAGGUCCCACAGCUUAUCCCUGAGGCGCCCCCUGCUGUCCACUUCACAAUCCAGGAAGGACACCAAGGUGCUUAUUGAAGACACUGAUGACGAGGCCUUCAGUUGAGCAGCACAACAAAAACAGAUACACAAUGCUAUACUUAUGAGGACUCCUGAUAAUUCAAACUAUAACAUGUAAAAGUCUUUAUUAAAAUGAUCGGCUCACACAUAUAUAACCUGGGCUGGUUGUCCUCAUAAGUAUAGACAGUUCAAACAUACAGGUGAAUCCUCUGAAGCACAAGUGUGAAGCUGCUACAGGUGAAGAGAGACACGGCACAGCCAAACAGGACACAACCACACUGCCCUGGGAUUUCCCUCUUACUUUUUCUAACUGAACUUUUUGGAUAUUGUUUACUAUUUAAUUUCACAGUUGAUUUGAAUGUAUUUUUGAUUUGAAAUACUGCAUUUAUUGAGGCUGCAGAAAACUGUUUACAUGCCUUUUUAACUGCAUAAUCAGCUGGAAACAACAAGCCAAUUAAAGGACACUGAUCAAGACACUGGACUUCAAUCACAUGACAUAUCAGGAUUUUCUUAUGUUUUUAAUGAUACUUUUAUAUUUUAUAUACUGCUUUAAAUUUUGAAUUUCAUCAGUUAAAAAAGAAAUUCACACCUGCUGGCACUUGCAGGGAAAGUGCAUUAAACACAAAUCGGGGAAGGCUUUUUAUUUAUAAAAUGGGAAUUGUUUUCCAAUGCGUCUGUGCUUUGUAAUCUUCUAUAUUUGAUGUGCAUUAUUACUUGGUCAUAGUUGUUUACUACUUUUCAUGUGUUGUUUAUACUAGUGAAACUGGUUUGAGCAUUCACACAAUGAUUGCUGUUCUAUUUUAUAAAGUUUGUAACUUUUUGUUGGUUUGACUUGUGCCAUGUUUUUUCUAAGCUAAGACCUCAACGCCUGCAGUGCUAAAUUAGAGUAAAUCCUCAUGUCUGUAAUUUAAAGUGGCCUCAGACUUCAAACAUGUGCAUUGUGUUUUUAAAUCAUUAAAUGCCAAAGUUUUACGUUCAUGAAUGUGGUUGUGGUUAGUGUAAGAAAACAGUUUUUAUUCAAUGAGCGGAUUCGGCUCUAGUAUCAAAACAGUUAAAAGUAAUUUAAUAUUUAAUCAAAAACAUUUGUAGGUGUUCUGACAUGACAAGUUACAUUCUGUUUGAAUCUGGGUCUUGUUUACUUUAAUUAUUUUAAACUAUGAGAUUUUGUGUUUUAGUUGUUUGAUUUAGUCAGCAUUUUAUUUCUGUUCCUUUUAUGAAAUAUGUGUCUGUCAAUAAUGUACUAGAAUGUAUAUGCGCUUUUAGAGAUAAUUUUCUUUCUACUCUUUUGCUCUUAGAGACCUGCAGGCAUUGAUUAUCUCAUGUCCUCUUUCAUUCAUGUUUUUUUUUUUUUUUUUUAUUUAAAAUGCCACAUGGGACAUAUAGAGCUUAGCACAGACACUUACACUCAUGUACAGUGACAGAAAUGACUAGUAUUGAGUUAGAGAGCAAACGGAUAGUUUUUUAAAAAGACAGUUGUCUUGCUGCAUGCUGUAUUUGUUUUUUGCUGUACAUAUACAUUAAUUUAUUUAACAUAACUUGUAUAUCAGCAAUCAUUGUAGCCAUUGUAACUUGGAAUGACUACAUCAGUUGCCAUAAGACAGUAUUUUAGGUGAAAAUAUUUUGAUUGUUCACAAUCCUGCACUUUUUAUGUGUAAAGCUGUGGGACAUAUGGUUUAUGUAAAAAAAAAAAAAAAGAUAAAACUAAAAAGCUGUAACUGUGGAAUGUGAUGCUGGUCUGUCAAUGGGUCAGUUUGAUCCCUGUUUUUCAGAGGGCCAACAGGACAAGAGCACUGGCCUGAAGCUUUGAGUCUGUAAUAGUUACAUGUGCUCUUGUGCAUGAACUUAUCACUGAUGUAUCUUCUGUGCGUUUGUGGGCCACACCUCAGUCCAGCUAUGAAAUACUGUUUUGCUGAUCCUAGAUCAGUCCAACCCAGGAUCCAUUUUACUGUGAGCACUUUGAAAUGUGUCUGUUUUAGUGACCAGUGCCUAUGUGGUGGGGUUCAGCUGGGUACUGGCUGAUGGGCAGGGUCACUUUGUAUAAUUAUGGUUGUAUAGUUUCAUAAAUAGUGGUUGUCAUUCAUUUUCUUCAUGGGCAGUAGGUGUUUAAUUGCUUGCAUACACCCCUGUGUUAAAGUGGUUGAUGUGCAUCCCUGUUCUUCCCUAUAGAUGUUGUUGGUAAUUAGCUGAACGUAGUAGAACAUGUAGUUUGGUAAAUUAUGUUUUUGAGAAGUACGUACAUUCUAGCAGAUGAAAUAUGUUGUGCUUAGAUGUAAUUUUAAGACAUAAAUCUAAAGCAUAGUCUCCGUUUCUAGAGUCCCUUUUACACCGUAGUUUGUACAUGGUGAGUGCAUAAUACUGUUCUGCAUCAUUUUUCCUGAUGUUAUUUGUAUUCCUGUAAACACAUUGGUGAUCUUGUCAUAUCUGGGUUUUAUAAACCACAAUUAUUUUUAAAAUGUG